AUGGCGAGAAGAUGGACUCUGCUACUGGGCCUCCUGGCUUUGCUGGCCUUCGUGGCUGCUGACUCAGGUGGCGGGGUUACAAAAGAUCCAAAGCCACCAACCCGGAAGCCUCCGGGAGGAGGAGGAGGAGGCCAUCAUCCACCGGGUUGUCAUACGCAUCCAACCACGACGACUACAGUGCCUACCAGCGCCUCCACCGGAAGCACACCAUGGACCUCUACCAGUACCUCUACUUCUAGCCCCACUUCUACCUCUACCCCCACUUCUACUUCUACCUCUAGCACAACUUCUACUUCUACGUACAGCACAACUUCUAUCGCUACCAACAGCCCUACUUCUACCUCUACCUCCAGCACUACUUCUAGCCCCACUUCUACCUCUACCUCCAGCUCUACUUCUAGCACUACUGCCAGCCCUACUUCUACCUCUACUGUCACUACGACACGAAAGCCACCAUGUACCUGCCCCACUGUUGGAACCACCACCAGUACUACAAGUUCAACAUCCAGUACGACGUCAACCCCGAUGUCUACGUCUAGCACGACAUCAAGCCCGACAUCUACCACGACAUCAACCCCGACAUCUACCACAUCAACUACGACAUCCACCCCGACAUCUACCACAACAUCAACCCCGACAUCUACAUCUACCACGACAUCAACCCCGACAUCUACCACGACAUCAACCCCGACAUCUACCACGACAUCUACCACGACAUCAACCCCGACAUCUACCACAUCAACUACGACAUCAACCCCGUAUUCUACCACGACAUUCUACCACGACAUCAACCCCGACAUCUACCACAUCAACUACGACAUCAACCCCGUAUUCUACCACGACAUCAACGCCGACAUCUACCACAACAUCAACCCCGACAUCUACGACAUCUACCACGACAUCAACCCCGACAUCUACCACAUCAACUACGACAUCAACCCCGACAUCUACGACAUCAACCCCGACAUCUACCACAUCUACCACAUCAACUACGACAUCAACCCCGACACCUACCACGACAUCAACCCCGACAUCUACCACAACAUCAACCCCGACAUCUACCACGACAUCAACCACGACAUCAACCCCGACAUCUACCACGACAUCAAAACCUACUAA